GGCAAUAUGCCCUUGUCCCUAUGACUUCCGCAUGCAUUCGACAGUCUUCCAGCAUCUUCGGGGAGAGGAGUCCUGAGAGAACCUGUCAAGUUCAUAGCAUAAACACCCUGCACUCCGAUGCAGAACAGUUGAAUAGGAAUACAUCACAUAGUCUAUCGUGGAGCGAAAAUGAAGCAUGCCUGGUCCCGGGUCGAUCAUAAUUCGGCCUUCAAGCUGCUUAAGUGUGUAUACCGUAAUAUGCAUGUAGAGGAAACAAGCGGGGGAUCGCCACUAAGGAAAGAGCUCUAAGAUCACGUGAGACAGCUUCCGGCUGAAUCAGCGAAGUGCGGUGACAGCUACGCAUGAUGUGGAGCUAAGGUACGGCGGUGCUACCAGCCCCACUACGAAACGUCAGGCUUCCGGCUGAGCCAACCUCACGAGCCCCGCGGUCAACAUUCAACUCCAACCUGUCAGCAUCACCAAAGGUUGGACGCGGCCACGUCUCGCCAUCAUGUCUCAAUCACUGCGACCCUAUCUCCAGGCCGUCCGGAGCAGUCUGACGUCCGCCCUGACGCUCUCCAACUUCGCUUCCCAAACUGCCGAACGUCACAAUGUCCCUGAGAUCGAGGCUCAAACAUCGCCCGAAGUCCUCCUAACGCCCCUCACGAUUGCCCGAAACGAAAACGAGCGAGUUUUGAUCGAACCGAGUAUCAAUUCCGUGCGGAUAUCCAUCAAGAUCAAGCAGGCCGACGAGAUCGAGCACAUCCUCGUCCAUAAGUUCACUCGUUUCCUGACGCAGAGAGCCGAGUCAUUUUUCAUAUUGAGAAGGAAGCCAAUCAAGGUACGGGAUACACAUCACGAAAGCGUUCAGCGGAGCUUCCACGGGCUGCAAUGCCACGUGGCUUGCAACUGACAAUGCAAACGACGAAACUGACCUAUUAUCGUACUAGGGAUACGACAUUUCAUUCUUGAUUACGAACUUCCACACUGAGGAGAUGCUGAAGCAUAAGCUGGUCGACUUUAUCAUCCAAUUCAUGGAGGAGGUUGAUAAGGAGAUUUCGGAAAUGAAGCUCUUC